GUCCGAAUGCGCGGCGCGCGCCAGACAGUCUUCGUGCGUCGAACUAUUCGGUUGAAUUCCGCGCCGAGUCGACAUCCUAUUGACAUCGCAUUGCGAUUAACUUCCAGUGAUCAACUUUAAAAGUUCGUGAAUUUUGUUAAGUGAUACAGUGAGAUGUGCGCGACAGCAUCUAACCACCAUCGCAUGAUGACGAUCAUCUGGGUCUGCCUUGGGAUCAUCUGCGCUACGUCCGUUCAAGCACUCGAGCAAAAUAUGGUAGUGGAAAUCGAUCCGAAAACUCAGACGGUAGUGCGCCUAGGCGACAGUUUGAGGAUCUUAUGCAGAGUGGCUGUACCAAUUGAAGUUUGCCGCGUCCAGAUACCUGGAGGAAGCGCCAUGUACCUGAAACCAGGACAACCUCCUAUCGAUGGUGUCAUCCAAUACUCUGGAUCGGGCAUGGAGGCUGGCGAAUGUGGAGUUCUUAUUGAUAGAGUUAAAGCGAAUAACGACGGUAUCUUUAAAUGUUCCUUGAAACCUAAGGACGAUCAAAAAGAGAGUUCGGCGACCCUGAAAAUCGUCGUGGCAAAACCGCCACAACGUCCUGAACUUUUGGUCAGCCAGGCAUCCGAUCAUGGGAGAUACAGACAUAACGACAAAUUGUUAAUCAGCUGCAGCGCUCGAUCUGGUCGACCAGCAGCUAACGUAUCUCUUUAUCUUGAUGAUGAGUUAAUAAGUCACGGCGAAAGACCAACGAUCUACGAUUCAAACGUGGAUGACAAUUCCUUGGCAGUUCAAAAUAUAUCACGCACUAUACAUUGGACUGACAAUGGUAAAUUCUUACGUUGCCUUGCGAGUCACGUUGCACUGAAUGAACCGAUGGAGACGAAACUUCAGCUUGAAGUAGUCUAUCCACCACAACCACAACCGCAAGGGACCAUCGAACGCUUUGGUUACGUAGUCGGACAAGAGGGAUUUGUAAACGUCACUGUAAACGCGAACCCAAGACCGACGUUCAUAUGGCGUGUCAACGAUGAAAUAAUUAAAGAAGGAGAAACUGAUGAACACAACCGUCUCCAAAGCUCCACUGCUAUAGAAAUGGGAAAGGGGACGUGGGUUGUUAAGCUUAAAAUUAUUAGCAUUCAAAAAUCGGAUACUGAAAAGGAAUACAUUUUGGAAGCACGUAACGACGAGGGAGCCUAUGAAUAUCGUGUUAUGCUCUCAACGUCUGCGGAACCCGCAGAGAGUAUGUCUAACGGCAAUCCUUCACCGCAUGCUCACGCAGGAGUGUUCAGUCACUUCUAUGGUAAGCUCUCCGAACAAAUGCACGCACUAGGCGUAAACCUCGACGCGGGAUCCAUUAUUGGAAUCGUGGUAGGAGUCUUGGUGCUCAUUCUCAUUGUGUUCCUUCUCAUUUUCGCCCGUGCCACUGGACGCUGGUGCUUUGCAGCGAGACGUCGUGGCGACGAGGAAGCAGCGAGCGGUGCGGGCGCCGGAAGCGAAGCUCACAUCACUCCGGGCGACGAGGAAGACGAGCACGAAGAUCCUCACAUUAUCGACGAGAAGAUUCCGCAUGGUGGUCAGGAGAAUCCCAUACACGCCAGCACCGAAUACGUGAACGGACGCACGGACGUUAAAGACAUCAAGAAGGACGAGAAGACAGACACUCCGGUUUAACCAGUCCGCCAUUAUGAAUAUGUAGAAAAGAGUACGUUAUACUGAAGGGUGUUGGACAUUUUGUCUAAAGAGCGGUAUUACUGUAGGAUUAGUCGAAAGUCUGUUUGUCGAGCGACAUGUCCAACCUGUGGUUAUGAAAUCUCACUGCUUCACAAUGGUGGACACAGAGAGCACUUUAAGUUCACUUAAUGCGUAUAAUGAUGCUGAUUAAUAAGGAUAUAUUUAUAGCUAUGUGUAUGUAGGAUAUAUAGAUAUAUAUAAAUAUAUUUUUUAUCAUCCGUCCAACACCCUGGAUGUAAUGGUACUUUUUGAAAAUAACGUUAAUUGAAAAACACACGACCAUUGAAAUUAACAGCAACGGCAACCAGCUUGCAUUCGUUCAUAUGUGGUUAACAUGGAAGUCUGGUCGCAUCACAAUCGGAAUCAAAGGGAGUCUUUAUAACCUUUGAUAUAUUAUAUAAUGAUUGAUCGAUCAAUGGACAAGAAACGGUUGGCAUCUCGUGUUCGUUCACAGAACUUACCGCGCAUUGUAUUUCCUCGAACCGAUGACGCUUUUAUGUAAUUUCUUUUAUUUUUUUUUCUUUGAGUACUCCUUACGAUGAAUCUCAUGGCAAGUAAUGCGAUCUGAUUAAUUGAUAUUGUUGUUUUUGUCUUUUUAUGUAAUAAGCAUUUACGUGAGCGAUAUACGCGAUAUGAUUUGACACUUUGAUAUCUGAUGCCAUUUUUAAUUGAAUUCCCAAAGUCCUUUAUUGUGGCGAAGUUUGUACAUAAGGUAAUGAUCGACAUCAUAUAGCAUCUUUGGACGGGGAUUCUCCUGAGCUACGAUUGUGUCUUUUUUACGUGAAGUUUAGACAGGAGUGAAAUUAAAAGGGGAGUAAAAGUAGUGUACGCUCUUCAUCCUGUGUAUAGUUUACCAAGUGCGAUAAUCCAGGAGGAGUGACAAUUCGUUCACCUAGGAUUAGCUUCUUCGGUCGUCCCAACGUAAAGGCAGGAUUUUCAUAUGACGAGAUACCAACUCGAACUGAAUAUAAUUAACGCGAAUUAUUCAAAAUCUUUUCUCGCCCUGUGCGAGCGUGACAUGUCUAACGGGGGUAUGCAUUGUGAACACUUACGACUCCUAAUAAUUGUAGUAAUACAGUUCAAUCAUUGUAUUCGUGAAAACCGACGAACGAUCUGAUAGCGUAAACAAAUCAAAUGUCAUAUUUCACAUUUUUUUGUUUUUGUAAUAUUAUACUAAAUACGACGAUUUAAACAUUUACGAUUCAUCUACAUUACACAGAUACGGUCUCGUUUUCUGCUUUUAAAAACUUUUUGUCGCGCUGGUCCUUUCUUGAAAAUUGUGUGAAAAGUGUUUUUCUUUUUUCUCGUCAAUUCCCUUUACAUCGUUGUACGUACCAUGGAAUUGCCAUUGUAUUAUUUAAUAAUUGUAAUAUUUAAAUAAAGGUCUGAGACCCAGUUGACUUCUUUUACGAUGGAACUCAAGAAAGAUUAUCCAAGUGUAAAUUCGUUUUCAAGGUGUGCCGAAAAUGAGACUCUACUGUACUUAGAAUUAUAUUAUAUGACACGUUAAUCUACAUCAUUGUCAUAUUUGACGAUGCGACAUUCCAUGUGUUAGCUUUUUGCAAACAUUUUCUAAUGCACCUUGAAAAGGAACAUGUCUGUCGCUAUUUCUUCAUCUUUCGUAGCAUAAAAAAAGUCACUCGGUCAGUAUUAUUUACUACUUUGAUCUGACCUUAAAAAAGAAACGAGGUUGUAUCUUUCUUCUACAUUAAUUUAGAUAUAAUUGUGUCCUACUAAUUACUUUUGCGAUUCGAUUCACGGCAUUGUCCUUACGUUAGUCCGCGCUGCAUCCAUCUGCAUCGUAGUUUCCUUUUUAAGAAGAGCAAAAGUAUUUGCCACAUAAAAUUCUGUUAAAAUCUUUGCAAAUUAUUAUGCGAAAAUACAAGAAACAACUUUGCCAACGGUGAUUUGAAAUGGACAGGAACGAAGUGUGUAAUCUCAAAAAAAAAUGGAUGGAUGCAGUGUUAACAAUUAGAUUUAGAAAAAUAUUCUCGUACUAUAUAUUAAUCCUAUAUACACUGACGAAUUUCAUUUAUUGUAAAACUAGAAUUUUUCUUAUGAUAAUAUUAAUUCUUCUACUGCAGAUAUAUGGUAUAUAUAUAUGUAUCGCAAAUCUGUACCUUUUGUAAUAUUGCGCCAACGUGUUUAUUAGUGCUUUAUUUUUUAUUGUUCAUAAUACACAGAUAUAUUGUCUCAUCGAACGAUCAUUUUUCCUUAUAACUGCCUCGUUCUUUAUUAAGUCUCAUUGCCAGACAAAAUGCAUAGAAAUCGACCAAAAUUCUUAUAACUGAUACAAAAUUUUAUUAGACCAUUCGCGAACUUCGUGUUUCUUAUCAUUGCCUUCUGACAAUAAAGAUUAUUUGUACUUUUGUACAGUCGCCUUUUACUUAGCUGACGAUUAAAUGAGAGCGAAAAUGAUAAAAGUAACAUUGAAUAAAGGCGAAUUUUCAUGAAAAUAUCUCGCGUUUUCUCGUGCGCAAUAUUCAUGAGACACUUUCGGUUUCUUACGAGUAAACUUUCCGAAUUCUGCACAUACACACUUCUUCGAUCUUCAUAAACACGAUCACAUUUUCAAUUACGAAUUAGGAUCCGUCGGACAACGAAUUUUUCCAAAAUCUACAUAUUGUGAAAUUUUUACUCCGUGUAAAAAAUAAGUAAAGAACAAUACAUUAACGCAGUCACGUUUUGGCUUAAAAGUGGAAAGAAAAAUUCGGCGUUCGGCGAGCCUGAAAUUACUGCGUGUUGUAUAUAUAAAUAUAUAUAUUAUAAAUAUUACGGUAUGAAAUUGAAAUAGUAAUGAUAUAUGCUGUGUCGUGGCAUUUGGUUUGCAACUCGUUAAUAUUUCACAUAUUUAACGAACCAAUUGCAUCCCAAUUGCCAGUGACCUACCGUUAUUCGUAUGUGAAUGAAAAUAAUAUAAGAAAAAGUAAAAUUUACUUAAUGGUUAAUUAUCUCGCAAAACAUAACAUAUUAAAUCAUUAACAAAAAGCAUAGAUAUGUGGGCGUAUAUUGCCAAUAGGUACUCAUAACGUGUUCGCGAUCAAUUCUCUCAAUUCAUCUUCAAUUUCGUUAUACAGUAAAAAGAGGAAAAGAAGUUAAUGACAAUUAAAAAAAAUAUAUAUAUUCCGACAUAAAAUAAAAGAUGAGACUCAAGCAGUAACGCACGGUUACUCGGAAAAUGCCUAAUGGAAAAACUACUUUGGAGAGCUUUUUCUCUUGUGUCGCAUAAAUCUUUUAUAUGCGUAAUAUACAUAUGUUAUUCUGUUUUUAAAUGCUUUACAAUAAUCUGACUAAAAACAAUAAAUUUAAAUAGCGAAGAGAUGUUUAACCAUUCCCAAAACUAUACGUGUGUAGUACGACCAUACAUAAACGUGAUGAAUCUCGCAAGACUAAAUCAGUUUGAACAAGUCCAAAUAAUACAUAGUAAACAAUAUUCAAAAUCACUGCCAAACGAAAUACAAAAUUUGGGCUUUAGGAUAUCCAUGAUAAUGACUCUCGCUCUCUCUCCAUUUUCCUAUUACAUUCAUUAAAAGUGACAAGUUCAAUUUUAAACACGAAAUUCAUUGAUGCGUUAUAAUAAAAUAUUUCUAGAGGAAUGUACAACACCUCGAUUUUUAUACUGAUGAAAAAUAUAAUCAUUUAAUCAACCUUUUGCGAAAUAUAAAUUCAUUGUAUAUCGAUCCUGUAGGAAUGAUGGAGAGGAGUGAAUGCGUGAACACUAGGCCAAUCUACGAUGUUUGACCCAUUCAACUUGAUUAAUUAAAAAAGACUAAACGUAAUUACAACAUACGUAUAAUACUGAAAUAGAGUAUUAUAACACAUUUAUGUUAUGUACAAAGGUUCGUUGUGGUAUUUUAUGAUAUAACUACCCUUCUUUCAUAAUUGGUUUUAAUUAUUAUUGAUCGUAACGCUAUAUACUUAAAUUCACAAUGAUCAUGCUGCGACACUGUCCUUUCCAAACGAGAUGUGUGUUCUUCGGCGAUUUCUACGAUCAUAUAUAAUUUGUAUAAGGAUUUUCGUAAUCGAGAUAAGCGACGAAGAAAUUUGCAUUGAGUAUCCAGUUAAAUAUUGAAGGAAAUUUUUUAAGCUCGUAUUCACACUGGAGGAUGACACUCCAUUAAAAGGAGCAUGAUCGUUGGCCAUACAAUGGAGUAUAUAUAUAUAUAGAUAUAUUUAUGUUAAACGUAAGUCUAGGUAAUAUAAUAAUAAUUGCUAUUACCUGAAAUUGGUGUUCUCUGAAACAUUUUUCAAAAUCAUUACUUCUUGCAUUAUACUAGCUCUAUCGUUCGUUUUUUGACAACGCUUUAACCCGCAAAUUUAAUUUCCAUUUUGAGAUUCAAAUUAUACCCGUGCAAUGGCGCAGCUAUAUUUCAUUGUUUUAUAUAAGAUUAAUAAUUAAACAACGAUGCAAUUUACGUUAGAAUAUUACGAUGCAGGUUACUCCGAAACUAUAAUGUGUUAUUGUAUGACAGGCAUGCAACAUGUAUUCUUGAUUAUUUAAUUAAGUUCUAUAUCAUCAUACUUCUUUUCAAUCUUUAUUUCCCUGACUACACGAAUAUAAAUUAAAAAAUACUUGAGAGGUCGCUACUUUAAAAUAAAUGAUUAAAUUAAAAUAUUAUGGGAUCGGUAAAUAAAUUAAGAAAUGCAUUGCGACCACGUAAGGUGAAAUGAAAAUUGAAAAAAAAAAGAAUUAAGAAAAUUUUGUAUCUGUACUUGUAGAUACAAUGUAAUAGACAGGAGUAAAUAUAAGAAUUUAAAUGAAAUUAAUAUAUAGAGAGCUGUAUGUAAUAAGUUCAUUCGUCGCUAUGAUAUUAUACUAGGUAUUAUAUGAUUUUUGAAAUAAAACAUUUGUUUUAAAUAA